CUCGACGAAAUGCCUCCACGGCGAUCCUAUCCGGUGGGCCCCACCUGUAAGUCUCACAUGAAAUCCAAAUAGGAGAGGGAAAAAAAGAAAAAAGAAAAAAAACCAUCGAAUCCGAGGAGAUAGGGAGAUAAUGGUGGGGAGGAAGCCGCUGCGCCGGCGGCGGCACGACGCGCCGCCCUCGCCGCCGUUGUUCGGGGCCACGCCUCGGCCGACCUCCCCUCGGUCCUCCUCCGCCUCCGUGGCCGCGGUCGCGGAGGAGCUGGACGGCCUGCUCCUCACGGCGCCGCGGCCGUCGGCGUCGUCGUCGGAGCCGCGGAGCUUCCCCUACGUGGUGAAGCAGCGGUGCUGGGAGAAGGCGGAGCGGGUGGCCGGGCGCGACCCGGAGAGGUGGCGCCGCGACGCGCUCGGCAACGUCGUCUUCCGCAAGCUCGUCGGCUGCCCCGGAUGCCUCUGCCACGACUACGACCACAUCGUCCCCUACUCCAAGGGUGGGAAGAGCACAUUGGAGAACUGCCAGGUUUUGCAGGCUACUGUAAACCGGUCUAAAGGGAACAAAACAGAGUUAUCCAAAUCUGAGCUCAUACAGAAGAGUGCCUAUUGUAGGGUCUCAGGACGUGAUAUGGAUCUUCUUGAACUCUCUGCAUAUGGGAAUGUUAGGCGAGGGCCAGAUUCAGGUGGUUGCAGAAUCCAAUGAAGACGAUGGGUACGUCUGAAGAGUGAUGAUAAUCAGUUUCAAAAGGCUGCCUGCCUACCUCAAAUCUGAUAGGAAAAAUCCCAGCUGAUGUUUGUGCCAAAUAUGUAUACUCCCAGCUUUAUGGGCAUUCAUCAUCCAUUUUCUAAGGAUUGACCAUCAGGAAUGUUAUGAAUUUUGUCAUCUUAGCAUACUUAACGGAUCCUGAUUUAAGGCAUAUUUUAUUUUGUAUUACAUACCAUAGUUCCAAGUGCGGUCAGUGUAAACAUGUGUCGACGCAUUUGUUUUAAAUGUGACAUCACAUUCGUGCCA